AUGAGUUCUGCAUUAGAAGAUUAUUUUGCGAGGAAUUAUUCAAAUUGUAAUUCAAAUUAUUCAUUUUUUGACACUUGGCGGAGCAUAAUUUCUUUUUCAAAAAUCAUUCAGCUAGUAUCACUACCAUUUCAAGUUCUUGCAUUCUACGUUAUUCUGUACAAGACCCCAGUUGCUAUGAAAAUUUCCAAAAUACCAUUACUAAUCAAUCACUUUUUCUGUGCUCAACUCGAUGUCGUUCUAUGUACCCUCUGCCCAUUAUACAUAUUUUUGCCAAUGUCCGCAGUCUCCUGUGUUGGAUUGCUCAGCUGGUUGGGAGUCCCCACAUUAUUGCAAUUAUCUAUUAUUAUUGUAGUAGAAAUUUGCGCCGCUUUAUCAUACAUAUAUCUGUUCGAGAGCCGUGCCAGCUCAUUACACACCAACCGGUUUAGAAUAACAAGUACUAAAUAUAGAAUAAUUUAUUAUUGCAUAGUACUGUUCCCAGCUCUGUUUCUGGCUCCGUUGCUCAAGUUUUUCCCUGAAGAUCAAAGUAUUGCAAAGUUAGAUGCAUUGAGAAGUUAUCCAUGUCCAGCUCAAGAGUUUUUUACAACGUCGGUACUUGUGGUUCUCAUUGAUCACGAUAUGAGAAAAUAUGCUAUUUUACCAUCAGCAAUUACAGUACUAAGCGUAAUUGGUCAUUUCCUAUUUCACAUGGUUUGCCUAGUGUAUUGUAUUUACCUUUUCCCCUCUAAAGUCGUUUCCAAGGAAACACAGGAGAAACAGAAAACGUUUCUGGUCAGUGUUUUAUUUCAAACAUCAAUUCCUUUUAUCGUUGGGAUUAUUCCACUUGGAGUUGUUUUCGCACUCAAUUCAGUUGGCUAUUAUUCUCAAAAAGUCAUGAACUUGACAUUUUGUUGUGUGAUACUUCAUGGCCUAUUCGAAAGUGUUGGUGUGAUUGUUGUGCACAAACCGUAUAGAAAUGCGAUUGGUUUGAAGUUCGCCAGCUUAAAGUUUGGAAAACCAGGAGUUCCAAUCCGCAUUGAACCGACACAAGGAAAUUUCACAAGAGAUAUCACUAAUUUUUAA